UCCCUCUUCUCUUCCAUUGCCUGUCUUCCCCUGCAGUUUUGCAAUGCCAUCAGCUAAGAUGCCCUUCUAGAUCCCUGACGUCUUCAGGUGUUCCUGGCAAAGCUGGCAGCAACCUCUUGUUAUACUUAAUAGUGGGAGGAACAGUCACUGGGACAGGAGUUUAUGUGUACAGAACUCUGCAGGAGAGCAAGGAGCGCGAGGCCAGCCGCAUGGCCAGGCUGAGCAGGAGAUCCCAGGACGAGUCCUCAGGUGCUGGGGGCACAGCAGCUCCGGGCACUCAUCCCAAGGUCCCAUCCCACGUCCCUUUCCUGCUCAUUGGGGGAGGAACUGCUGCUUUCGCUGCUGCCAGGUCCAUCCGGGCCCGCGACCCCGGAGCGCGGGUGCUGAUUGUGUCUGAGGAUCCUGCCCUGCCCUACAUGCGCCCCCCCCUCUCCAAAGAGCUGUGGUUCUCCGAUGACCCCAACGUGACAGAGACGCUGCGGUUCAAGCAGUGGAACGGCAAGGAGAGGAGUAUCUAUUUCCAGCCGCCGUCUUUCUACGUGCCUGUCCAGGACCUGUCUUCUGUGGAAAAUGGUGGGGUGGCAGUUCUGCCUGGCAAGAAGGUUGUGCACAUGGAUGUCAGAGGGAACACAGUGAAGCUCAAUGAUGGGACCCAGAUAUCCUAUGACAAAUGUCUCAUUGCCACUGGGGGAUCCCCCAGGAACCUGCCUGCCAUCGAACGAGCAGGAAAGGACGUGCAGAAAAGGCUGACCCUGUUCAGAAAGAUCGACGACUUCCGAAGGCUGGAGAAGAUUUCCAGGGAAGUCAAGUCCAUCACAAUUAUUGGUGGUGGUUUCCUUGGCAGUGAGCUGGCCUGUGCUCUGGGAAGGAGAGCACAGACCCGAGGCCUGGAGGUGAUCCAGCUGUUUCCAGAGAAGGGCAACAUGGGCAAAGUCCUGCCCGAAUACCUGAGCAACUGGACCACGGAGAAAGUCAGGAGAGAGGGGGUCAAUGUCCUGCCCAAUGCCGUGGUCAAGUCCGUGUCAGUCUCCGGGAAGCGGCUGCUGAUUAAACUGAAGGACGGCCGGAAGGUGGAGACAGAUCACAUCGUGGCUGCAGUGGGGCUGGAGCCCAACGUGGAGCUGGCCAAGUCAGCGGGGCUGGAGGUGGACUCGGAUUUCGGGGGGUUCCGGGUGAACGCGGAGCUGCAGGCACGCUCCAACAUCUGGGUGGCAGGGGAUGCUGCCUGCUUCUAUGACAUCAAGCUGGGCCGGAGGCGCGUGGAGCACCACGACCACGCUGUGGUCAGCGGCAGGCUGGCUGGAGAAAACAUGACAGGAGCUGCAAAGCCCUACUGGCACCAGUCCAUGUUCUGGUAAUGCUGCUUUCCUCUGGGGGGGUUCCUUCUUUGAGCACC